UAAAUUAAUGUAAUAUUGCAGACGUUUAGGUGCCAUUUGACUAGUCGACUCCAUUAUCGUCCAUCCGAAAUGGCGGUGUUCAUGCUAAAUAUCUGUAAAUUUAAUGGCUGUGGCAUAACAUUUCCACGACUAGCGGACCUAAUUGAGCACAUCGAAGACGUACAUAUCGACUAUGAUCCCGCUGUGGUAGAGCAAAAAGAAGCUUCACAGCCAGCAUGUAUCCCGCUAAGUUACGUUUUGAAAUUCUUUACGGAGGCGUCGAGGCGGGAACUUCAAAGCAUGCCGGCGGCCGUCGACGUCCGCCGGCGCCUGUUCUCCGCGCCGAAGACACCCUCGGUUCGAAGCAGCACACCUACAGGAAGUGAAAUGGAUGAGGAAGAAGUCAUGAGCCCGUCGGAUGACAGUAACGAUUCUUGGACUACCGUCGAGGAGUACAGCUCAGAGUUCAUACUGCGUUAUGGAGUAAAAAUGAAUGCAAGUGCGUCGUCUGGUGCACUAGGGUCAGCGGCGGCGCAGGAGAAGCCGUUUGCAUGCCCGGUGCCCGGAUGUAAGAAGCGCUACAAAAAUGUCAAUGGCAUUAAGUACCACUCGAAGAAUGGCCAUAAGAAGGAUGGAAAGGUAAAAAAGGCAUACAAAUGCCAAUGCGGCAAAAGCUACAAAACAGCGCAAGGGCUUAAGAGCCAUUCCGUAACACAACAUACAACUCAUCAACCGAGCGAAGGCCGCAUCCAUGCGCCUAAGUUACAAAACCUCGUGGUCACCGCCUCCCCAUCCACCCGACCUCACGUUGCCACCCCUGCUCUUGAGACCAUAGACGCUAGCAAAUUGGUCCGUAUCUACGACACUAUCAAAGCCAAAGACCUCCCUUCCUUCAGCAUUCCCAAACAUAACCUUACUCACCUGAAUAUUAUAAGCGCGAACCAAAACAGCCAAACCUUACGUCAUUCAGUCCUCCUCACCCCAAGCUCCUCGCCGGCGUCCAGCCCCCUUGAUAAAGUCAAGUACGAAAGACCUCCUAAAGUCACCGUCACUCAGGAAACGACGUACGAAACUUCCAGCUUGACACUACCAAGCGAUCGUAGAGGCUAAAGUCUAUUAUUAUAUUAUGUGCAUAUUAUAAAUAUGACCACGCAGUUCCUAUAUAAAAAAUAUUUUAAAAAUCCUCAUUUUAUAUCUAAAUCAUGGUCGGUUGUUAAUUGGAAAUGUCGCUUAGAUCUAUGUUUACUUAAUAGGUACUUAAGAAUCUAAAAUUCUUACAUGUAGACUUUUUUCAAUAUUCUGCAUAUAAUUAUUAUUAUUAUUAUUUAUUAUAUAAGCGUAUUUAUUAAAUUAACUUCAGAUUAUUUAAAGAAAAGAGUUUAUUUUCUGUUUUGUUUGUUUAGUUUAGUAUUAUAGUUGAUUUGCUGUGAUUUUAAUUUGAUUUACUAUGUUAAUUGUUACCAAAGUGAUCUAAAAUCGCUAGCUUAGAGUAAAUCCAAAGGAUUAAUAUAGAAAGCUUAGUGCUAAUCUUUUCUAACGGCACAUUUUUUAAGGUAUCGAAGGAUUUACCUAUUACGACAGGGUAAUAGGAAAGUACUGAAAUCCUUUGAGUGUAGUUCUUGCGUGUGAUUAUAGAAGUGGCAAAUGCUAAUGGAAUAGUCACUUUCAGAAUACUUUGUGCCAUCUUUUCAUUAUAAUAAUAUGUAUUUAUGUACUUAACGUGUAUUACACGGAAUGAUGUUGCAACUACGGUACACGGCAUGAAAGAAUACACAUCAUACUUUAGAAAGAGCUUGACAGCUUGGGCUUUGUAGAGCGUCGUCUCUGUCACUCAUCUAUGUGGCGUUUAGUUGGUUUAGUCGCUGAGUUGUCAGUCUCAACGACAGAAAUAACGCUCUGUGAAAUCAAACCUCGCGACUAGCUCUUUCUAAAGUUCGAUGUGUAUUCUUUCCUGUUGGGUAGUUACCUACUAUACCUACCUAAUGGUGUUAAAUGUCAUAGAUUUUUGUAUUUAAGUGAAAAGAGAAAAAAAAUAGCAUUCGCUGAUAAGUAUCCCUGUAGGAUUAUAUUAAUAUACUCGUAAAUGUGAUAAUAUAUUUUAGAAAAAGUAAAAAAAAAGCUUUCAAGCGUAUUACCUAUUUAAUGGUACCUAGGUGUUAAGGAAGA